CUGUAGGGUACCUCUCAAGUCACCUGACGCCGCGGACCCCCAAAGGACCCUCGACACCACCAGCAAAGGCUACGGGUGGACGCUAAACCGCUUCAGCACAGGCUUGGUGCCUUUUUUUGUUCGGACAAAGGGUCACCACCAUUUUCUCUCGACUCGCGAUCCACGACUCCCCCGACGCACACGAAACCAGCCACACCAAGAGGGCAUCGGCCGAAUUCACAGCUUGCUAGAAGCAGUUGAAAAAUGUCCUCCUCAUCUGCGUUGGCUACACGGCCCGUCACAAUGGCCGCCCGUAGCAUGCGUGCCUCGAGACAAUGCGCCGUCCAGCCUGCGACCCCAAGAUAUGCAAGCGGCAUUGCCAGAUCGAAGCUUGUCCGCGAAAUGGAUCGUGCGUCAAAGCUCAACAGUACAAAGGCCACCAAGGAGCAGACAAUGUCCGAGAUGCAGAAGCUCGCGCACAUUGAGUACUUCAAGCAAGGAGGCGGUCCCCUGUUUCCAGGCACAUUUGUAGCACUCCCCCUGGCCCUCGGCCCCAAGAGCCUCGGCGAAUUCGCCCAGUACCAGUUCAACCGAAGCAGAGCGUGGCUCACCGGAGUCAUGACAGUCCUGCAAUACAAACUCAAGUCGAUGCCCAACUGGACAACACGACCGAAAUGGAAGGCUCGCCGCGGAAAGAUUGCACCGACAGCAAAGGCCAUGUACCGCGAGGUUCUCGAAGCCUUUGCAGCCGGCGACAAGAAGACCAUUGAGCGCCUCUGCGUGCCCGACUUUGCGAAAAAGCUCAUCAACGCCAUCGAACGACGCAGCAACAAGGAGACUGUCAGCUUCGAGCUGGUAAAAUACACAAAGCCCAUGUUCUACCCUCGUCUGAUGUCCCACCAGAUCCAUCAGAUCAACCCCAUGGACAAGACAACAGCCACCGAGCAGGCUGUCGUUGCUAUUUCGUCGCAGCAGCAGGCAUCCCGACACAACGCCACUACAGGUGAAAUUGUUCCCGGUAGCCUGAGAAUCCAAGACAAGAUCGAAUAUGUUGUCUUGUCAAGGGCAACCAGCGAGACAACCUUUACUGCCGAGCCGUGGAGAGUUUGGGGCACGACUGUUGGCACCACAUUGGAAACGCAUUUGAUGGAGAAGGACGCUGUUGAAAAGGAACAGAUUCAGCGAGCAGGAUGGAACAAGGAUUAAUUUAGGGGAAAAUUUGUAUGGAAAAAAUGUAUAUUAAGCAGGACGGAUGCAUAUCCGCAUAACGCGGGUCUUUUGUACUAUAUACGCUGGCAAACCAUGCCAAAAAAUCUGAAGUAUUUCAAGACAAUAUGGUAUAUGCGUGAAAACGUGAUGUAGGCUGCAAACGACCAUGAGUGGCCGAAAUUAUUUAAAAAAAUUUGCCAGCUCCAGAGCCGAUGCUGUCGGCCAGGAUGUCAUUGUUGUCUUGCAGAGCGCGCAUGUCCACGGGCUUGUCGAGGGCAUCAAAACGAGUGCCUUGAAUUUUGGACUGGGCGAACAAGAAGCCAAUUCUAGCACCAAAGGCAAGGCAGCCCCAAAUAAGGCCACCGACGGGAGCGGCGACAAAGGCGCCAAACACGCCCCAGUCGCCAGUGUAGAGUCCCUCCUGGAGCAAAAUGAGCUGGCCACCACGCUGCGCAUCGUUGUAGUAGAUGGCCCCAAAGAUGAAAAUGGUGAAAAUACCACCAAGACUUCCGACAACAAACUCAAACCCACGCCACCAGUAGAAUUGGGGAAUGAGACCGACCAUGAGAACUGGGAUGGUAGCAGCAGAAACCAAGUCGCUGAUGAGGAAGAUUUGCAGAAUCGAAGGGGCCUUUAGCGCCAGGACAACCGUGGGGAUGAUGAUGAGGACAACAAGUACACGGAUGACCCAAAUGUUGAGACGGUUGCGGAACAGAUCGUUUGACGCAGACGAGACCAUGGCCGACUGCAAGCUGUCGAAAGCAGCCGUGCUCAAGCUCACCACCAUGACGAGAACGAUACCCACGACCCAGUUGGGAAGCUUUUCCAGCAAGAGGAAAAAUGCAAGUGAACCAGGCGUGUCUACGUUGUCGGGUGUCCAGGCUCCAGACCAAGCAGCAAUGAGACCUGUGCUUCCAACCAGUGUCAGGAUACAGAGGAUGAUGAUGGUGGCGAGGGAUACACCCAAGCGAAGGUCCUUAUCUGUCUUGGAAGAGAAAGCACGCAACCAGAAGUUGGACAAGAAGAAGUCGUUGGUGAGGACAGCAACGGGAAGAAUGUAGAGCAGCUGCCAUCCAAGGAGACUAGCCUUUGUGAGGCCGGACUGGUCGAUGAGGUCACGGUUAAUCUCGGUCUUGACGCCAAUGGUGAUGGUAGCAAUGACGAUGAGGCCGACAACCAUUCCACCUUGGAUAACGUCGGUCAAGAAGGAAAUCUUGAAGCCACCAAGAGCUAGGCCAGUUAGCACAGGUUAAUAUAACGAGAGAAUUGUCGCAGCAACUUACAAGUGUAGAUGGUGGUAAUGAUACACUGCACAAUGAUGAUGGGAAGGCCAUCAAGCCCAGUCAACGUAGUGACCACUUGUCCAAUAGCAGAGAGCUCAGCAACCAUGUAGAGGAACAAGGUCACCAGUGUCAUGAAGCUGAGGAACAGCAUAGCCGGGGUACCGUAGCGAUGUCGCGUCCAUUCAGUUAGAACGAAACCAUCGGGGCAUUGCUUACGAAUGAUGGGGGUAACCCAACCAAAGACCAAGAGGGGCAGUGCUGAUGCAAGAGCAUAGACGAUCAAACCCUGGACACCACAGAUGG